AAAAAAACUAGCUGAAGUUUUAAACGGAUUUUUUGGACGAAUACCUUUUCUUUUAAAUUUUUCUCUGCGUUAUUUUUCCUCCUUCCCUGAAAAGAAAAAUGGAACUGGCCAAGAGAUAAUUGCGUUGCGAAACAGAUAGUAAGACAGAAAAGACGUAAAAGAGAGGUGCGGAGGUACAUACAGACAGUAGUGUGCCAAAAUGGGGAACCGCCCCCUUUUAACAUUUGUGCUCAAAUUUUAUUUAUUAUUUAUAUUUUUUAAAGAAACUUCUCAAAAUACUCGGAAUAAAAGACAGAUUCAACCAGAACUACCAAGGAUAUUGACACAGAAUGGCCAUCUGGUGUUUCAAACAGGGACUAACCACAAUAUCACAUUUCGGGCGACAAAUGGUGGAUUUGUAAACGUGAAUGGAGAUAAUUUAGCUGUUAUCACUCAAACGGUGAAAGACAAUAAGUUGGCAAUAGACCAGCUUCGUACAGCGCCUACAGCUUCAUCUAGCAUUGAGACUAGGCUGUCCACUAUAGAGGGUCGUUUGAACAACCUGCAGCCGACAGGAGCAGUUCAGACACAGUUGUUGACUCUUGGUCAUCGGAUAGACCUACUUCAGGCUACACUUCCUACAAAUAUUGAGUCUAGACUGAGCCAGAUAGAAGCUGGUUUGAGCAACCUACAGUCUACUGGAGAAGUAGCCAAUCUUAUUAACCAGCUGACAUCAAGAAUUGGAACACUCGAGACUAGGGUGCGACGAUCACGCUCGAAUACUUCUCGCCUUCGAAGACUUAGAAGAAAAGUCAGUCAGCUAGAGGACACUGUUGAAAACCUCCAGACGUUAUUGACUACCAACGAGUGCAGCAGUAAUCCAUGUAGAAAUGGUGGAACUUGUGUGGACACAUACAAUGGCUUCUUCUGCAGAUGUACAGAUGCUUUCCAGGGUCCAAACUGUGAUGAUGAUGUGAAUGAAUGUUCAAUUUACGUUGGGACUGACUUGGGUUGUCAGAAUGGUGCAACUUGCAUUAAUACUGUUGGAAGCUUUACAUGUCAGUGUACAGCCAACUGGCAUGGUGUACGAUGUACAGAGAGCCAUGAUGAUUGCACAGGAGCAUCAUCGGCAGAACUUUGUGGCCAUGGUACAUGUGUGAACACACCUAGAGUACAGCCUGGACAGCCAAAGUAUACCUGUAUAUGUGACGAUGGAUGGACAAACUCUGGCUCGGACCCAGCCUGUGUGGCAGAUGUGAAUGAAUGUACAGCCAACAGACCACCUUGCUCAGCUAACCCACCAGUGCCCUGUAUAAACCUGCCGGGAUCUUUCACCUGUGGCUCAUGCCCAGCAGGCUACAGUGGAAAUGGUUUUGUAUGUACAGACAUUAACGAGUGUGCUGUGAGCAAUGGAGGAUGCUCUAUGUCCCCUAUGGUACAGUGCACUAAUACAUUAGGGUCUCGUACUUGUGGACCUUGUCCUGCAGGUUACCAAGGAGAUGGAGUGUCCUGUAACUGGGUCGGUGUUUGCCAGGACAAUAAUGGUGGCUGUCACCCUCAGGCUGCUUGUACUGAAAGCCCAGGGUUUGAGGGUCGCACCUGCACAUGUGCCCCAGGCUAUGUUGGUAAUGGUAUUGGGGCUUCGGGCUGUGUCUCACAGGGACCUGUGACUGGACCUUGUGGCAGCACACCAUGUAUGAACGGUGCAGCAUGUCAGAAUGUAAACGACAACGGUUAUCGAUGUGUGUGCCAGGCGGGAUACACUGAUCAGAACUGUCAGACAAAUAUCAACGAAUGUGCAUCAAAUCCAUGUCAGAAUGGAGGCUCGUGUACAGACAGGGUUAACGGCUAUGUUUGUCAGUGUACUGAAUCAUACACUGGCAGUAACUGUGAGGUUGAACAACAGGUAUGCGGUGGAUAUUUGACGGGGGAAUCUGGAACAUUCCGGUUCCCAACAGUCCCCGGUUCUCAGUACCCACAUGAUGUUAGUUGUGCAUGGAGAAUAACAACUACUUAUGGGAAGAUUGUGAGGGUAACCUUCCCACAAUUCAACAUUGAGCCUCAUCCGAACUGUAACUACGACUUCCUGCAGAUAAAUGAUGGACCAACUGCCGCUUCUUAUGCGAUAGGUAGAUACUGCGGAGAUGCUGCACCAAACAACGGUCAGCCAAUCAACAGUACCCAUCAUCAGAUGUAUUUCUGGUUCCGAUCAGACGUAUCUGUUGCUAGUGAUGGAUUUACUGUGCAAUGGACCUCAGCUCUGCCAGUUUGUGGUGGUAACUUGGCCGGGGCAGAUCACGGUGAGAUCUCCAGUCCCGGUUAUCCUGGCAACUACCCUCAUGAUAGAGACUGUGUUUGGACCAUCACUGUGUCGCCUGGCAAUAACAUUAUGUUUACAUUUGCCACUUUAGACCUUGAAGUACAUCCAGACUGCAACUAUGACUACCUAGAGAUUCGUGAUGGAGGUCUAGAUUCAAGUCCGGUUUUAAGAAGAUACUGCAACACGUCAUCUCCAGCACCUCUAUCAACUACAGGACCAACUGCUUGGGUUAAAUUCCAUUCUGACUCGAGUGUAAACACAGGAAAUGGAUUCCAUAUUACAUACGCAGCUGUUGCAGCUGAUGCUGGUUGUGGAGGAACAUUCACAGAUGAGUCGGGCAUAUUGAUAUCACCUAACUAUCCCAACCCAUAUAACCAUGAUGCUCAGUGUGUGUGGAUUGUACGGGUGAACGAAAGAGACACGAUCUCCCUCACGUUCACCAAUAUGGACCUGGAGGGACAUGCUGAUUGUCAGUAUGACUAUAUUGAGGUGAGAGAUGGAAGUAACCAGAAUGCGCCACUGAUGGGACGUUACUGUGGUGAUGCUAUGCCAGUUCCUUUAACAACUACUCAGAAUGUUCUGUAUGUGAGAUUUGUAUCUGAUGCUUCAGUGACCAGGGCUGGUUUCAGAGCUACGUGGCAAGUCUCCUGUGGAGGAAUCUUCACAUCGCCAACUGGAAUAAUCCGUUCACCAUAUUUCCCCGAUGCGUAUCCUAGCAACAGACAGUGUGAAUAUUUCAUCAAUCAAUCUCCCGGAAAUAGGGUGACCUUGACCUUCACAACAUUUGAUAUUGAGGGUGGACUGUCUGGGGGAGACUGUGCAUAUGAUUUUCUUGAGAUUCGUGAUGGUGGUUCAAGUAAUUCCCCUGUGAUUGGCACAUACUGCGGUCCACAGGUACCAGAUCCUCAGACCACCAGUGGAAAUCUCAUGUACCUCAAGUUCGUAACAGACGGCUCAGUUCAGAAUCUAGGAUUUGAAGCUACUUACGCUGUCGGUGAAGGGGGCUGUGGGGGACCUCUGACUGAUGAUAUGGGAAGUAUACAGUCGCCAGGACAUCCAAAUUUGUAUCCACAUGGUGUAAACUGCACAUGGAAUAUUCAAGUGCAGCCGGGACUUGUGGUACGACUGACCUUCCAUACAUUCAGCAUAGAGUCCCAUUCUAACUGUAACUAUGAUUCUGUUGCCCUGUUUGAUGGUGCCACUCCAGCAGAAUCAGAUCUGAUUGGUCGGUACUGUGGAUCGUCCAUGCCACCCGUUGCCACGUCAACAAAUAACAUGAUGACUGUACAGUUCAUAUCAGACGCUAGUGUUGCUACUGAAGGUUUUUCUGCCUCCUAUGUUGCUCUUAAUGCAUCUACGUUAUGUGGGAGUGCUUACACAGAUUUAACAGGAGUGAUUACGAGCCCAAACUUUCCCGACGGUUACCCGCAUCAAAGAGAAUGCACGUGGACCAUCACUGCACCUGAAGGAAAUCAAAUUCUCAUAAAUGUGACAGAUUUUAAUUUGGAAAACCAUCCAAACUGCAACUAUGAUUAUCUUGAGAUAAGAAAUGGAGGUUAUGGAAGUUCACCAUUGGUUGGAAAGUACUGUGGGACAACUAUUGAUAGGAUCAUUGUAUCCCAUAGCAACAGGAUGUAUAUAAAGCUUGUCACCGACCAAUCAUUAUCAGCUCCUGGCUUCAGACUUUCUUAUGACUCAACAGCAACCGGAUGUGGCGCUGAUCUGACAACACCCACGGGAAGUUUUGUCUCGCCUAAUUAUCCUAUGCCAUAUGGACACAAUGCGGAAUGUUUCUACACAAUCACAGUGUCUAGAGGUAGCAGAGUUCAGCUCACCUUCGUAGAUAUAGAAAUAGAGGUCCAUCCUAACUGCAAUUACGAUUAUGUUGAGGUGAGAGAUGGGAGUUCUAAUGGAGCUUUACUCGGAAAGUUCUGUGGUACCUCAAACCCUGACCCAGUGACGUCGUCCAGCAAUGUGAUGUGGGUGAAGUAUAGGACGGACUACUCUGUAUCGGGACGAGGAUUCCAUGCUUUCUACAUCAGCUUGUGUUCUGGAACACUGACUGGAUUUAGUGGUGUAAUUGAGAGCCCGAAUUUCCCCAAUCCCUACCCACACAACCGGAACUGUACCUGGAUAAUAGAGGCUUCACAGGGAAACACAGUCAACGUUACAUUCUCUCACUUUAACAUUGAGGCCCAUCCGAACUGCCAGUAUGAUUAUCUGCAGAUAAAUGAUGGUGGAUAUGAAACAUCAAAUUCCCUGGGAACAUUCUGUGGUAUAAAUCUCCCACCUCCACUGGCUUCAACUCAAGAAAGACUAUGGCUUAAAUUUGUGUCAGAUUACUCAGUGGCUCCAGCUGGUUUUAGGCUGGAAUAUAUCACAGAUGGAUGUGGUGGAUAUCUCAGAAAUCCAACUGGUUCUUUCACAAGUCCAAACUAUCCAAAUCCCUACCCACACAGACGUACGUGUGAAUGGACUAUAGUGGCCGACACGGGCUCAUACAUUCAACUCACCAUUGAAACAUUUGACCUGGAAUUCCACUCAUCUUGUGCUUUUGAUGGCCUUGAGAUUUACGGUGGUCCAGAUGACUCCGCCCCUAGACUUGCCCACCUGUGUGCACCUCAACAGAACCCACAGGUACUUAGUACCACAGGAAAUAUGAUGUUUGUCCGGUUCAGGAGUGAUAUAUCAGUCAAUGGAAAUGGUUUCAGUGCUACAUAUAAAACUAAUACUGGAGGUUGUGGAGGAAACUUUUCAACUACAAGUGGUACUAUUGUAUCGAAGAACUACCCUAACAACUACCCUCACAAUACAGACUGUGAGUGGCUGAUCACGGUGGACGACAAACAUACCGUCGAACUGACUUUCGUCGACUUCGAUGUGGAAAGUGCCUCUGACUGUAGAUUUGACUAUGUUGCUGUAUAUGAUGGAUCAAACGUAAAUGCAACAGAACUGCUGAACUUCUGUGGAGCCACACUUCCAUCUCCAGUGAUGUAUCGUUCCAGUGGAAACCAGAUGUACAUACGUAUGCGGACAGAUGUCAGUGUCAGUGCGAGAGGCUUUAAGGCUGAUUUUGUCACAGGUUGUGGUGGAGUGAUUAAUACUGAGGAUGGAGACGGGGAUAUUGUAUCACCGGGUUACCCAGACACAUACCGACGUGGAAGCAAUUGCUCUUGGCUAAUCAUGGCGGAACAUGCAACUGAUAGAAUAACUUUGACAUUUACCCACAUGGAUUUGGAAGAGUCAAACGAUUGUAACAAGGACUAUGUCCUAGUAUUAGACGGCAACAAUGAUCAGGCUCCUCAGAUCAACAAAUUAUGUGGACGGGUGUCGCCGUCAGCAAUAACGUCCCAGGGUUCAGCACUGUUUGUACAGUUCGUGUCAGACAUGUCUUAUCAGGCUACUGGGUUCAGAGCAACAUAUACAAAGUCGUCUUCCGCGUGUGGUGGUGACUACACUUCUCAGCAUGGAUCUUUCACGAGUCCUGGCUACCCUAAUAACUACCCUAUCAAUACAGAAUGUGUUUGGACUGUCAGUGUUGCCCCUGGUAACAGGGUUCAGCUCUCAUUUAGUUUCUUUAACAUGGAGGUACAUGACAACUGUAACUAUGAUUAUCUUGAGCUACAUGAAGGUGAGCUUGGCGGACCAUUGUUGGGCCGUUUUUGUGGUAAUGAUAUUCCAUCCAAUCUGACAGCAUACAAUGGUUUGUGGAUCAAAUUUCGCUCAGAUGAUUCGGCCACUGGACAGGGAUUCAUAGCUUCUUAUUCAGCUGUAUUUGGUGGGGAACUGACAGGAAAUUCAGGACAGAUUGCCUCCCCUCUCUACCCAUACCAGUAUCCACACAAUGCUGAUUACAUGUGGACUGUUACCGUACCAACAAAUAUGAGAGUCAGGGUUACAUUUACCACAUUAGAUAUGGAGAGUUCAUGGCGUGGAUGUUCAUUUGACUUCUUGAAGAUUCGCGACGGAGGAACUGUGGACAGUCCGGUGGUAGGUACAUACUGCGGUACUACUCUGCCAGACAUGUAUAUCUCAACAUCUAACCAGCUCCAUGUUGAGUUCCAUUCUGAUUGGUCAAGCACCGGACAGGGCUUCCUCUUGAACUGGGAGGCGACCUCAGACAAUCCAAUAACCACCCCAGCACCAACAGCAUCCACUACCCCAGUGCCAGGAUGUGGGGGUAUUCUCAAUGUGACAGACUCUUUGCAAACAGUUAUCUCCCCUGGCUACCCAGAUGGGUACCAGCACAAUUUAGACUGUACCUGGAUAUUGAAUUCUCCAGUUGGCUCCCGGAUUUGGUUGAACAUUACGGAUAUCAACAUAGAGGCACAUUCUUCUUGCAGUUAUGACAUUCUCAAGAUAUACAAUUCUGGUUAUACUUAUGGAAGGUUGUUGGGUACCUUCUGUGGGCGUACAGGGAACGAGAUACCAUUGAUUUCAUCUCAGAAUAGCGUGGCAAUGAAGUUUACUACAGACUUUUCUGUCAAUGGAACGGGAUUCAGUCUACAAUACAAGAAAGUAUGUGGAGGAGUAAUGCGGGUGAAUAAUGGAGUAAUACAGUCCGACAGGUAUCCAAACAACUACCCUGCUAAUGCCAACUGCACAUGGACUGUGACGGUACCGGCUGGACGUACUAUACGCUUACAGUUCAACAAUAAUUUCAACAUUCAAGGCACACAGGGCUCCUGUUCAAGGGAUUAUUUACAGCUACUCAAUGGUUUGUACUCGAGUUCACCACCACUAGGUAAUACUGAUGGCCGUUACUGUGGUAACACUGCACCAGCCACCAUGGAGACUGACAGCAACCGAUUGAAUGUCCAGUUUGUAUCAGAUGGAUCCGGAAGUGGCCCUGGAUUUUCACUAAGUUUCAGUGAAGUACAUGUGACUUGUGGAGGUCAGCUGAGCCUAGAUGCAUCAACUACAAGUGGAACAUUUACGUCGCCAAACUAUCCGAAUAAUUACCCGCAUAAUGUAGAUUGCGUCUGGUUGAUAACUGCACCUGCUCAUGAAAGAAUACAGAUUGAUUUCAUCGAAGACUUUGGAAUAGAACGGCAUUCAAGGUGUAAUUUUGAUUUCAUUGAGAUGCGUGAUGGUGGAACUGUAAAUUCACUUUCUCUUGGCAAAUUCUGUGGCUACUCUAAGCCAAGCACUGUUGUGUCUACCGGUAAUGUAAUGUAUGUGAGGUUUCGAACAGAUUCCAGUGUGCCAAGGAUUGGUUUCAAAGCUCAGUAUAAGAUAGCUACAUGUGGUGGACGUUAUGUUGGCAACAGCGGUACAAUUACCAGUCCAAACUACCCUGGUAACUAUGACAACAAUGCAGAAUGCAUCUGGAUCAUUCAAGGGCCAGAGGGUCAUUUCUUGACCUUCACCUUUACAGCUUUCACCUUGCAGUACAGUUCAAAUUGUUCUUUCAAUGACUUUGUUGAAAUCAGAGAUCUCAAUUCCACAGGACCAGUGUUGUCACAAGUAUGUGGCUCAAGGAUUCCAAAUCCUGUGAUGACGUCUGACAGAUAUGGCUAUGUUCGGUUUGUAUCCAACGAAGCUCGCCAAUAUCCAGGAUUCAGCCUGAACUUUGAAGCUAGUGUUGAAGUAUGUGGUGGAGAUCUGACAACACCUGAAGGCUCAUUCCAGUCACCCAAUUUCCCAGGAAAUUACCCACAUUCUCGUAUAUGUGAAUGGAAGAUUAGCGUACAACCUGGGAGAAGAAUCACCUUCACCUUCGACCCAUUCAACAUAGAAAACCAUUCUUACUGUCGAUAUGAUUAUGUAGCUGUUUACAAUGGACGCGAGUCAGAUUCCCCAAUAAUUGGAAGAUAUUGUGGAGACAAUCCACCAGCAAUGGUGGAAACUUCUGGAAACACUGCGAGAGUUGUGUUCCGAACCGAUGGAUCUGUCACAAACGGAGGCUUCAGAGCAUCUUAUACAUCACAGAAUGAAGCAGCUUGCGGUGGUUUAAUCACAUCAAGCCCUGGCAACAUUACCUCCCCUGGUUUUGGCACAGGGAAUUAUUCAAACAACUUACAAUGUAUAUGGACUAUACGAAAUCAGGCUUACAUAAAUACAUCCAUAGUGAUACGUUUCAAUACCCUCAAACUGGAACCAGCAACAAGCUGCCGAUUUGAUUGGCUCGAAGCUCGAGAAGGUGAUUCUUUGAACGGAGUGUUACUGGAUGAAUAUUGCGGAAACAAUACGUUACCAGCACCAAUUAUUUCUCCCACUCCAAGUGUGUGGUUAAGAUUCCGUACUGACCGCUCAAUCGUCGACCAGGGCUUCCAUCUCUCGUACAAUUUCACUCAAUGUGGAGGAAUGUUAACAGACCCUACUGGUAUCAUAACAAGCCCUAACUACCCCAGUGAUUAUGAUCAUAAUGAUGCCUGUGCCUGGAUGAUCACAGCGCCAGAAGGAACACAAAUUGUGCUUGAGUUCACAGACAUUGACAUAGAAACUCAUCCAAACUGUAACUAUGACUACUUGGAAGUUUUCAAUGGACCAUAUGCAUCGUCACCUUCGAUUGGUCGAUUUUGUGGCUCAACAACACCUGCAACAAUACGUUCUCAGAGCAAUUCUCUUAGACUGGUCCAUUUCACAGAUUUCAGCAUGGCAGCUAGAGGCUUCAGACUCACAUACUCGUUUAGAACACAAGGCUGUGGUGGGAUAUUCCACAGUCCCGAAGGUAAUCUGUCUACACCAAAUUAUCCCAGGAGCUAUCCACAUAACACAGAAUGUGUCUGGGAUAUUAAUGUGGAUUCUGGCUACACAAUAACUUUGACCUUCAACCCUCCAUUUGACAUGGAGCACCAUGGAGCCUGUGACUACGAUUAUGUUGAGGUGAGUGAUGUGCUAAGCAAUGGUACCCUGGUUUCCUUGGGUAAAUGGUGUGAAAAUAUUUUGCCUCCAGUGGCAACGUCAACUGGGAACCGGCUGAUUGUUAAAUUUAGAUCUGAUCAGUCAACCAAUGGAAAUGGAUUCUCAGCUGGUUGGACUUCAGGUUGUGGUGGUGUUUUGACUAGUCGUCAAGGCAUUCUGUUGUCUCCAGGCUUUCCUAAUACCUACACAAACAACCUACGAUGUAACUACACACUAAAUAUGGACCCUCAACAUUUCAUCCUUCUCAGGUUUGACCCAGACAACUUUAAUAUUGAAACUGGAAGGAACUGUGGAUAUGACUGGGUUGCAGUAUAUGCUGGUAACAAUUCUAACUCUCGACUACUUGGUAAAUACUGUGGUACGACAGCACCUCAGCCUGUCAGUUCGCUUGGACAGAUGCACAUACAGUUCUGGACUGAUGGUUCUGUAGUCCGUACUGGAUAUAGAGCCCAUUACAUGGUCAAUGAGUGUGGUGGUGUGUUCACAGAACCCUAUGGUAUCAUUGAAACCCCAAAUGGGCCCACAGAUUACCAUAACAACCAUAAUUGUACAUGGAGCAUAACAGUAGUGCCCAAUAGGGUUAUACAAUUAAAAUUCCAAAUGUUCGAUCUCGAAGCACAUUCAACAUGUAACUACGACUACUUGGAUAUAUAUGAUGGCCCAUCCCUAACAUCCCCUCUGAUUGGUCGAUAUUGUGGUGAUGUCAUGCCUACUGAACAAAUCAGAACCACUUCAAAUACAAUGACAAUCAACUUCAUAACUGAUUUCUCAGUUACCAGAGCAGGGUUUAGAGCAGCCUAUAGAACCACAUAUGGCGAAAGCCAUGGAUGUGGAGGCAUUCUUAACUCAACAAGUGGUACUCUUAGAGCAGUAGAUAGUGAUGGUGACGGACAAUAUGAGAAUGACCUUGACUGUCGCUGGUCUAUAAUUGCUGCAAACAAUAAAGUUAUACGAUUAACUUUCACUGGAUUAGACAUGGAAGAUAAUCCAACAUGUCAUUAUGACUACCUUAAGAUUUACGAUGGAAUGACUGAAGAAGAUCCACUGAUAGGAACGUACUGUGGAUCCAAUAUACCACCUAUGAUUACAUCAACAUCAAAUGUCCUGUAUGUACGAUUCUACUCGGAUGUGUCCGUUACAGGUGCAGGAUUUAAUGCUACUUACACACAGCUUGAUGGUGUCUGCGGAGGCACAUACACUUCUACAUCUAGCCAACAGGUGAUCACAUCUCCAGGGUAUCCAAAUGCUUUCCGUCAGGAUGUCCGGUGUCGUUGGACCAUAGAUGCCCAAACUGAUACAGACCAAGUAGAACUUAAUGUAACAGCACUAAAUCUGCAGACAACAUCUGGAUGCUCACCAGAGUAUCUUGAAUUUAGAGAUUAUCCCCUGGGUUCUCAAGGUCGUGUAGUUCAUGCCUGUGGUGUUACUCCUCCAAGUGUGUUCAUCUCGGUCGGACAAACGGUACAGAUAAACUAUGCUGCAACAAGUGGAGGAAGUACCGGUUUCUCAAUCAGUUAUCGUACUGCCACAUGUAACAGGACAUAUACUGGGGUCAGUGGCCAGAUUUACAGUCCUGGAUGGCCAGGCCGAUACCCACACAAUGCAAACUGCCAGUUCCAGAUACAGGCUGCAUCUGGAACUACAGUUUCACUCUACUUCAACGCUUUCCAUAUAGAGCCACAUACUGACUGUAACUAUGACUAUCUUGAGGUGAGAAAUGGCUCAGACCCCACAUCACCAACUAUUAGAAGAAUAUGUGGCUGGGCUUUACCAGACCCCGUGUUUGCUACAACAAAUUCCGUUGGAUUUAGUUUCAUAACAGACCAAUCAGUGACCUAUCCAGGCUAUGAUAUUACAUAUACUGCUACUUCACAAGGUGUUGGCUGUGGUGGGAAUAUCACUGGAAUAAAUGGCAGUUUUACAAGCCCUAGUUACCCUGGAAACUACACUUUGGCUAGUACUUGCACAUGGUUGAUACAGGUGCCACCAAGGCGAGUUAUUACAUUGACUUUCACAGAUAUGAGAAAUGGGGAGAAUUGUGGCACAGAUUAUAUUGUUGUGUAUGACGGAAACAGUGAUCUAACCAACCAGUUUGGACGAUACUGUGGCGGGGAGGUGCCAGCUGCUAUGACAACAAGCAGCAAUGUUGCCUAUGUGAAGUAUGUGUCAGAUGGAAGUGGAUCCGCUAUAGCAUUCAGACUUACAUUCACUAGCUAACAGGACAUGUCACAGCAAAACAAAUGAUGAAAAUUAUGUGUGCAGCAAA